UUGGAGGACCGCCUUUAAAAAAGCACGAAACCAGCACCAGCAGCAGCCUCUAUAUAAAAGCGCAACUCUUCCUCCAGCACACUAGAAACUACAACAAGGGCUCAAACACAACCAAGCCAGACGCUCCUCUAAUCCGAUCAGCCCGGAACUAAAGCAGGACACUCAACAGAGGAAAGAAACAAAAGACAAGAAACUCAGAUCCUCGCCAAGAUGAUGAUGCAGCUGCAAGAAACAUCCGCUCAGAAGAACUCCCUCUUCAACCAUAUGAACCGAUUCAUCGGCGCCGUCAACAACAUGGACCAGACGGUGAUGUUGCCCAGCAUGCUGCGGGACGUCCCCUUGGAGGAGGACAGGGACAUGAGCUCCAUGAAGUCGGACGAGGACGAGGGGGACAUGUACAGCUACUACCAGCUGCUCAAGGGUAUCCGCAGGGACAUCGAGUGGGGGGUCCGGUUCGCAGACGAGAGGCGCAAAGAGAGCAUGAAGAUCAGCCGCAUGGACUCGUUUGCAUCCACCUCCUCCUCUGCAUCGUCAUCACAAUCAUCCGAGGAAGAGGAAGAGGAUGAGGAAGAGGAUGAGGAUCUGCAGAAGCAGUUCCAGUACCAUCUGACUGGGCUGCAAGGAGUGCUGUCCAAACUCACCCAGCACGCCAACUCUCUCACCAAACGCUACAAACAGGAGAUUGGUAUUGCAGGAUGGGGCCAGUAAACUUGGAGCCCACACAAAUGUUUUUUUAUUAUUGGACUGGCUGAACUGACUUUCUCACAAUGUGCCCUUUUUUUUUGCUGCUGCUGCUGUUACUACUGAUGAAAUUUGUGGACAAGCAUUUGAAUGGUAGAGAAAAAAAGGCAGCUUAUUUCUCUCUUUUUUUUUUAGGUCUGUGGUAUUAUUCACUUUAGAUGUGUUGAUCCAAGAGGAAACGCAUUUUGUGUGUACUCAACAACAAACUUUUGCACUCCAAAGUUGUGUACACACCGUGCAUUUUAGAUGCACAGAUGAAACAAAACCUUUUAUUAUUUAUUGUAUAAUAAUUUAUUACCUCACUGUAUAGUUUGGGAGCCAAAACUGUUAUGUCAAAGUCAGAGAAGAAGAAUGUGUACUGCAUGAACUAUACAGGACCAUGUUGUUUGAACCGCCCCUCUCCUUGAGGGGGAUACUGACAAAAGAAUCCGCUUCCUGUUUGUGUUGCUGAUGAUGCCAGUGUGUUCAGAUAUAUAUGUCUGUGUAUGAUUAGUGCUCCUUCCAAUCUGACGUGUCUGUGUCUUUAUUAAACCGUGAUUGCGUGGACGGAGGCAGAUGCUUAUAGCUGCCUAUGAUCUCCUAAUGCCCUACAUGGCCAAUGAACCAGAAUCAACUGGUAAAGCCUCUGCAUGGAGAAUAAUGAGGGGUUUCUACAAGAUGCUUUGUUGUUAUUGUCAUGUGUUGUUGGCCAUCUGUCAAAAUAAGCAAAUGCUUUUUGUGUGCACCUUCUGCACCAUUUUUGAACAGAUAAUAUUUGUUUAAUAAACUUUUGUAUAAACUUA